ACACCUCCGGACACGUGAUCAGUAAACAAGGAAAAACGCGAAAUUUCGCGAGGGCGACGCUAAGGGAACCGUCAACCGACUGACCGAUUUCGGCAACUGACCUGGGACCUAUAGGUUUGGAAAAGAAAUGCUGAUGCAGGCAUGAUCAGGGCCGUAACGUGCGUUGUUGACUGGCACUAUGUCAGGAAAACUAAUAGGUAGUAUGAGGAAAAACGGUGUUGUGAACGGAUCAAUCCACCCUAGCAGAGACACUUCGAGUUCUCCAAUUGAGGUCAAGCAGAGCUCCCCAAGCUCUCUCUCCCAGUGCAGCUCUCAGAGCUGUGGCAGUGCAGGGAGUGCAAAGUCCCUCCCGGUCACCAUCCCCGCUCAAGAGCAGCUCAGUUUCCCAUUCACCAGACAGACAAGUGACCCCGGGCUGCUUGGCUACAGCUCUCCUACUGAAGAUAACUCACCAACUCAGCAUCGUAAAGGGUUUUCACACAACUCUCUAGUUCCGUCUUCAGAGCUACCAAUUAUGGCAACAGAGGUUGUGUCGGUCACUACCAACCACUCCGGCCCAGGAUGCAGUGAGAUCUCAGAGCUACUCAGCUCCCAUCCUCACACCUCUGGCGUACUCCAACAUUCUCGACCUCUUAUACUCCAGCACCCUUCACACGGAAGUAUCGAUGAAGGUAGUAAUGGGAGCAACUACAUCAACUGGCUGUGCGAGUUGUACCCCUCAGUUCUUGGAAGUCCAAGUUCUAAGGAGAAACUCAGCUCCUAUCCGGAGACCACAUCCCCUCUGCCACCAGACUCCUCCCACUCUCCCGACCCCACCCACAUCUCUUCCGAGAACUAUACUCAGGAUCACGUGGACACUGUGUUCAGCUCACAAGAAAAGUAUGUGGUGACGCUAGGGGCUCCAAUCUCCAUAGCUCAGAGAAUGGGAGAGGACACACUUACCUACCUCAACAAAGGUCAGUUCUAUAGUCUUUUCUGCAAAGCCAACUCCGGGUGCCCGGACCUCGUCAAGUCGGUGGUUUAUCUGACGUUUUUCGACGAGCCCGACAGCCGCGUUGAGCAGAGCAACUGGCAAUACUGGUACAGCCAGCAGGCGAAUCCAAACCAGAGAGCUUUCGACAUAGAUCGUAAGGCAUGUGAGAACAUCCAGGGAAAGCCAGUUGACUUGGCCUACAAUGUGGCCAGCUUCAUUUGGAGACCUAAACUAGGCUCAAAGCUGGUGCUGCGUAUCAACUGUCUGAGCACAGAGUUCUCCUCCCAGAAGGGGGUCAAGGGCUACCCUCUCCACAUGGUGGUCGACACCUACGGGGACCUGGAGAACGAGGCCGCAGAGCCCGUCCACAGAGCCUACUGCAGAGUCAAGAUAUUCAGAGACAAGGGUGCCGAGAGAAAAAACAAGGAUGAGACCAGGAAUUUGGAUCGUCGAAUCCAGAAGAUCAUGAGACAGAGGCCAGGUGCGCCCCUAGAUUCUGACAUCCCCACCUCCGUGUUCCAUCCUCCUACCCGCGAAACAGCUCUCACUCCCACAAGUACCUUUGGCCCUAAGCCUUUUCUAUUUGUCCCGGAGCAGGUGAGGCGGCCCAAGCACUCGUUCGUGCCCAGGAAGGAAGGAUCUCCGGCCCCCAGUUUUCCUGUAAACCACCACGACACCUCUCUCUUUCUCGCCAGUCUCAAAGAGAGGGAGACAAAACGAACCAUCGGCAACAUCCUCUCCCAGGCAAAGGAGGACCUGGAUCAUUUGGAAGUCGGAGCGCCUGCUAAGAAAGCUGCACUCGUCCCUGAUCGACCUGUGAUAACGGUGUAUGUGCGUAAGGAGGAGGAGAAGGUGUACAAUGCUCUCCUACUGGACUCUCUCACUGUUCACGACUUCAAACUGCAGAUUGCCAGGACCUAUGAUGUUCCUCCGGAGAUGAUCAAAAACGUUUUCAAGAAAACUAAGAAAGGGCUGUUGGUCCACUUCAAUGCAGAGAUGAUCUCGAGACUUGAAGACGAGUCGGAUUUCAUCAUCGAUCUUCCGUUUGACAACCAGAAGGGGGUUUUCGACCUCCACAUCCGCUACUGAUGGACUUCAUUUCAUUCUCCCCACAUCUCUCUCUUCACUCUCUCUCUCUCUCUCCUUUUGAUCUCCUCCAUACCGGUCCGGUAUUGCCAUCGUUUCAUCAGAAUUGUUUAAAAUCUGCAGCACACAAGGCGAGCCACAAGUGCAUUUCGUGUGAUCUUCACGUGUCGUAUGAACACGACAGCCCCGACCCGUCGUCACCCACUGUUUCGAACGGACAUAAUCCCUGUGGAUUCUCUGAUGACACUGUUCAUUAUUAAUGAACGUCCUCCUGUGUAUACACACCUCUUCACUCUACACAUCAUCGUCCCUAAUUCAUCUCAACCUACAGCCACCUUUGACUGUUCUCCAACUUCUUGGAUCUAUUUCUCAGCAUCUUUACUCCGCGUCCAUCUUUUCCUUCCCUCUCUCCUUUCCUCCUCCCUCCCUCUCUCACCUUCUUCGCCCUCUCCUCUGUUAUAUCAUCCUGAUGUCAUUUUCUCGGCAACACAGUCUCUAUAAUACUCAUCAAGCCAUCACGAGGCUAUGGCAUAUUGGACUUAUUUAUCUUCCUCGCUGGAUUUUCAGUGGCAGUUUUCAAUUAUAUGAAGAAAUUAUUAUCCAGAGCUUUGAAAAAGUUCUCUCAUUUUCUACAUCUAUUUCACAGUCAUUUCUGGCACAAUGUGUGCGCGCGUGAUUUGUGUUUUAUCUCAUCCAGUUUCUUACCGUCUUCCGGUUUUUUCCCUAUCUUCUGCUCUCUCCUCUCACUUCGCGUUGUGUACUCAUUCGAUUUCCUCUCUCUUUUUCUCAUCAUCCUCUCACCUGUUGCAAAGAAUCCGGUUUCACGGAUUGUUAGGAGCAAAUGAUAUUUCAAAUUUCGAACA